UCAUGGUUAUGAAAACGGCGGAUAGAAGCUUUUCUGUGGCAGCAGUUGCCUUGGUCAUCGUUAUGGCUACAUAUCUUGUUGCUCUAUUCUCCACCGUGUCCGACCUUGAGUUGAUUCAUUCGCUAAAUUUAUCUCAAGACACGUUACAACAGACAUGGGAAUCAAUAAAAAUCGACCAGCCUCCCCAAGAUAUGACUUCAUCAACAAUCAUAUGUGAUCGAGCCGACACCAACUACGAUGUCUGUUCAGUCAACGGCUCAUGUCAUCUCGACGUCAGAACCCAAACCAUCACUCUCAUGGACCCCACUUUCGCCACAUCAGCACCGAUUGUCGAAAAGAUCAAACCAUACCCAAGAAAGGCAGAUAACUGGAUCAUGUCUAAAAUCCAAGAACUAACACUGACAUCAGGCCCACCGAGCCUCACCCGGUCAUGUGACAUAACACAUGAUUCGCCGGCUAUUGUGUUCAGCGCCGGAGGUUACACCGGAAACAUCUAUCACGAUUUCAUGGAUGGUUUCAUUCCGCUUUUCAUCACAGCCAAUUCGAUAUACCCCAACCGGGAUGUCAUCCUCGUGGUAGCGAAUCCUAGGAACUGGUGGAUGCCAAAAUACAAGGACGUUCUAGGUGCUUUAAGCAAACACAAACCAAUAUUACUCGAGAAUAAAAAUGCUUCUAUUACACAUUGUUUCACUUCAGCUAUUGUGGGCCUAAUAUCAUAUGGUCCAACAUUAAUGGACUCAACCCAGUUUCCCAACCCUGGAUUAUUAGUUGGCUUCCACAAUCUUUUAGACAAAGCCUUCAACACAAGUCUAUCCACUUUCAAACCCCAAAAGCCUCGUCUCGUAUUGCUUAGUCGAUAUGGCAACGUUGGUAGGGUGAUGUCAAACGAGGAGAAGAUCAAAGAGAUGCUUGAAAACGUUGGGUUCGAGGUGAUCACAUUUAGACCAUCAGGAACUACGAGCAUGAGAGAAGCGUAUGAACUUAUAAAGUCGAGCCAUGGGAUGGUCGGGGUUCAUGGUGCGGCAUUAACCCAUUUGUUGUUUCUUAGACCCGGUUCGGUUUUUGUUCAGGUUGUUCCUAUUGGAGUAGGUUGGGUGGCUAAGUGUUACGGAUCGCCUGCUAAGGCAAUGAAGUUGGAGUAUAUGGAGUAUUCUAUUGGUGUGGAAGAGAGUAGUUUGGUAGAGAAGUAUAGUAGAGAUGAUUUGGUUUUGAAAGAUCCUAUUGCUUUUAGCCGGAUGGAUUGGGGUGUGACCAAAAGGGUUUAUUUAAAAGAACAAGAUGUUAGAUUAGAUGUGAAUCGGUUUAGGAAUCAUAUGAAUAAGGCUUACGAGAAAGCUAAAUUAUUUAUGGACUUAAACGGUUGA